AUGUCAAAAAUAUCAAAUAAUCUAACUACACAAAAUAUUCUUGGUGAAAUUGUUAAAGAAUUGUGUAAUCUGUAUAAUGAAGAAAGAACUAAAGGCAAAGAUCCUAAAUUAGUUAUUGAAGUAUUGGAUCAAUUUCUAGCAGAAAAGAAGCAAAAUUCAGAUGAUAUUAUCAAUUG